AUGGCAUUUGAUGAAGUGCAUUUGCAUAAUUCUUCAAGAGGACCAUUAAAUAUUCAAGUUCACACCUCCUCUACGGAUAAUUUACCCAAGCGUGKUCACAUGCGGGAUUUUCCCUACAGAAACAUUGCUAAUCUUCGUUCGUUUGCUAAGUUAUCUUCUCUUACUCCAAGAAAGCAGCUUCGUUUUGGAAAUGUCAAUACAAGAUCUAUUAGGUACAAAACUUCCGAAUUUAUAGAUCAUGUUCUUGAUAACGGAAUUGAAGUCUGUGCUGUGACUGAGACCUGGCUGACUGAUAAAGACUCUGUUAGUAUCGCUGCUUUAAGUCCGRCUGGCUACUCGUUUAUCAACUUCCCUAGACCAUCAUCUCGCUCUGGAGGUGGUACUGGUGUGUUCUUUAAUAGCAAUUUCAACCUUGCUUUGACCAAUGGCGGGGAGAAGCGCUCUUUUGAGUUCUCCGAGUGGACGUUAUCUGCGCAUGGCCGUACUGUCAAGAUUAUCAUCAUCUACCGACCUCCUUAUUCUGAAGCGCAUCCUGUUACUGCUAGUGUGUUUUUUCAAGAGUUCUCUUCCUUCCUUGAAACCAUAGUUUUGUGUCCUGAAAUUCUACUCAUUACUGGAGAUUUUAACUUCCAUCUUGAUGACGACUCUGAUGCUGAUGCUAAGAAGUUCUUGGAACUUUUGGAUACGUUUGGUCUCCAACAGCAUGUUAUUGAACCUACUCAUGUGUCUGGUCAUAUACUUGAUCUUGUCAUCUCGCGAUCAUCAAAUGAYAUCAACGUUUUCUCUCCWGAGUCGUCCUACUUCAUCUCUGAUCACUGUUUUGUUGAAUGCUAUUUGUCCAUUCCUCGUCCCAACAUCAUGUUUAAGGAAGUCACUUAUAGAAAGCUCAAACAAAUUGAUGUGAAUAGCUUUAGAUCUGACAUUGCGUCAUCUGCUCUUUCCAAUUCAGAGUGGUCAAGUCUUCAAAGUUUGUCACAAUGCUAUGAUAAGACCUUAUUGCAAAUUUUGAAUAAACACGCACCAAUCAAUACCAAAGUUCUAACUAUCAGACCUAGAGUGCCAUGGUUCAGUCCGGAGCUUAAAGAACACAAGGCUUCCCGUCGGCGACUUGAGAGGAAAAUGUUAAGAACUAAAACUCAGGCCGAUAAGAAUGCUUAUCGACUUGCGUGCAACAGCUACUCUAUGUUACUGAGGGAAUCUAAGCGAAAAUAUUAUUCUGAUUUAAUCGAUGAAUGUGGUGRUAACACAAGGAAAUUGUUUCUUGUGGUCCGCUCCUUGUCUAAUAAGCCUGAUAGUAAUCCACUUCCGCCUCAUGACGAUCCUCGUAUACUAGCUGAUGACUUUGGAGAUUUCUUUUACCGGAAGAUUGAGCUUAUUAAAAGAGACAUUGACGAAAUUGUCGUUGAGCCACCAGUAGUCGACUAUCCUAGUUCUCAGGUAUCAUUAGAGAGGCUUGCUACUCUAGAUGAAGAAGAAGUGUCUAAAAUUAUUAUGGGCAUGUCCAAUGCGAGCUGCAAGCUGGAUCCGAUCCCAACGUGGUUACUAAAGCUGUGUUCUCCUGAGCUGGUUCCAGUUAUUACCACUAUGAUUAAUUUGUCAUUUCAAGAAGGAGUUGUUCCAGAAAACUGGAAGAUGGCGCUGGUAAGACCUUUACUAAAGAAACAGGGUCUUGAUCCUAUUCAUAAGAAUUAUAGACCUGUCAGCAAUUUACCNAAAAAUAAAUUUAAGAAUUUAUGGUUGGAUGGAAUUCUUCCCCUUGUACUUGACCGUGAGACUACAGCACAGGAGAAGUGUUACUGCACAAUAGAAGAAAUCAUACUUAGUAAGAUAGUCCCAUUACAUAGAUCUAUAGCAGAACCACAUACCCUUGCAUGGAGUCUUCUACAGAUAGUCGCCAGUCCUAACGGCCAAGAAAUCAGGAGGUAUCUUCAGAAUGCCUGCAACUACUGGUCUAAACAAGGAAAACUGAACGCCACGCUCAUUAAGAGCCUAUCAUCACAUAUCAACAGCAGUAACAACAAGGCAGCUUGGUUGCUGUUGUCAUUGAUGGCCACUGCAUCAGUCAAGAUAGAUCAUGCCAUUGUACUUGAUAAAUGGAAACAGUAUACAUCACAAAAAGGUUGUCAGGUGUCCCUCUAUGCACCCUCCGGAUCUGGACCAUGGCAGGGCCUGAUCAAGGGGCUUUGCAGAUCACAACCCCAAGCUAAGACGAUGAUUGACAGCUGGUGUGCUGAUCUUCUCAAGUCUUGUGAGCAGACUUUAUCUGGUGUGAUUCUAGAAGAAAACCAAGUUUCAAAAGUCACUGAUGAAGUCAUUGUGAAGAAUUUGUUUACUGUUGGUGAAGUCGCACAGCUCGCUCCAGGACGAACUACAGAACGUCUGUUCCUGCUUGUCGAGUCAAUGUUGAUCUCAGAAGCCAGUCUCAGUACGCCUGGUACUCCUCAGAGCAUCCAGAAGAGUCAACUAUCAAAUACUGUUAAAGCUCAUGCCUUCGUUACUCUAGGAAAGCUGUGUCUACAGAACGAACACUUGGCCAAGAAAUGCACGGCAGCUUUAGCCCGCGAACUUGAAGUAUCUAAUGAUGCAGCCAUCAGGAACAAUGUGAUCGUUGUGAUGUGCGAUCUUUGUGUACGGUACACAAGUCUUGUUGACCGUUUCAUUCCUAACAUUGCUACGUUUCAUCUCCUCUUAACAAGACAUCCAGGAAUGUUCUACCAGCAUUUUGUCGAGUGUAUCUUCCACUUUAAUUCCUACGACAAGCACAAAGUGUUCAACAAAUUCCCUCAAACUGAUCGUGAGAAAAAGGUAUUCUCACUUAAAGGCGAUGAAAACGCAAGGUAUGUCAUGAAAAUAGGAAUCAAGUUAUCAUCGAUGAGAACCAAAGCCGCUGAGGAGAUGGCUGACGAAGGUGAUAMCGCARGCGCGGCCAUAGUACAAGCCAGAACAAAAUUCCUUACACAAGUGUUGAAAAAGAACAUGAUUGAAAACAUCGUACCGAUCAUCGUUGAGCUGAAGCACAUGUUCGAAAAGGAACGCUCACCCCUUCUCAAAGACCUGCUUGGAUACCUCAAAGAAGUCAUGAAAGACUACCGCAACGAAGUCAAAGAGGUUCUGUCCGCUGACAAUCAGCUGGCYAAUGAGAUYGAGUUUGAUUUGCGUAAAUUUGAAGAAGAACAGAAAGAACUUCAGGAGCAAAAGAAGCGAAGUCAACAAGAAACAGCAAUGACUCCAGGAACUAAAUCCGGUUAUCAGAGUCCGAGAGGGAAUCAGUCCAAGUUCAUUACUCCGCCUUUGAGUUCAGGAAAUGGGAUUACGAAAACACCAAUUCCACCAUCGUCCUGCUCACGAGCAAGACGCACAGCGGAGCUUCCGAAAACGCCCAUGCGUAGUAGGCGUCAUACUCUAGCAACGGCUGCAUUGAUUAACUCGGCUCGUAAAGCCAUGAACCAAGCAAGUAGACUCACCAACGACAAGAGACCUAAAUCAUCAAGUCAUGUGUCGAACUUGUCGUGUAGCGAGCCGAAGCCGAGUCAGUCUAUCAAAUCACGCUCUCCACUGACAGAGCAAAAUCCUUCGCAUGAUACAAGCGAUGAGGCAUUCGUGAAUGACAAGAACACUUUCAAGACGCCAAUCAAGAAGUCAAAGGCCUCCCGUGCAGCCAGCACCCCAGAAGGCAAUCUCACUCACAUGUCAUCGAUAUCAUUCUGUAUGAAUGCUAGUGCCAUUCCCCCCUCGCCUAUACCGACGUCACUUCCUAUUAGAAUCUACCCGAAAGGAAAAGAUGCACAGCCCAGUUUGAUAUCCAAGAAGGGUGUGGAUGAUGAUGGCGAGGAAAAACAAGAGGACGUUAUAUGCAUGCCUUCACCGGACCAAAAUCUUCCAAAGCCAAGGCGUUGGAACGUUCAUUCGCCGGAUAAAAAUAAACAAAACGCUUCUUCUAGAGCAAAACCUAAAGCGACAAGUCAAAAUACAUCUGUAGCGCAAAGAACACGAUCAAGAAGACAGACCACAAGUAACCAGUAAUUGUACAAUUAGUCUGAAUAGUUUUAGUAAUAAUUUUCACUGUGAUAUUCUAUAGGGGUGCACUUAAUUUGAUAAUAAAGCUUUAUUCGCU